CGCCGUCGCUGUAAUACAGCGCUCUCCCGGAAGUGGUCUCUGGAUCGGGCAGUGAAAGUGGUAGCCAGUUGUCCCCGGGAUCAGAUCUCCGGAGGUCGUAGCUGAACUCUUUCUCUGCGUUUCUCCUCGAUCCUUCCUGAGUUUUUCAGGUCCGCGUAGUGAGGAAACGUCUCCACCAUCAUGGGGGGCGGAGACCUGAAUCUGAAGAAGAGCUGGCACCCGCAGACCCUCCGCAAUGUGGAGAAAGUGUGGAAAGCUGAGCAGAAGCAUGAGGCUGAGCGGAAAAAGAUUGAGGAGCUUCAGCGCGAGCUGCGGGAGGAGAGGGCCCGGGAGGAGAUGCAGCGCUAUGCGGAGGACGUUGGAGCUGUCAAGAAAAAGGAAGAAAAAUUGGACUGGAUGUACCAGGGUCCUGGUGGGAUGGUGAACCGUGAUGAGUACUUGCUGGGGCGCCCCAUUGACAAAUACGUUUUUGAGAAGAUGGAGGAGAAGGAGACAGGCUGUUCUUCUGAGACAGGACUCCUCCCAGGCUCUAUCUUUGCCCCAUCAGGUGCCAAUUCCCUUCUUGACAUGGCCAGCAAAAUCCGGGAGGAUCCUCUCUUCAUCAUCAGGAAGAAAGAAGAAGAGAAAAAAAGAGAGGUAUUGAAUAAUCCUGUGAAAAUGAAGAAAAUCAAAGAAUUGUUGCAAAUGAGUCUGGAAAAAAAGGAGAAGAAGAAAAAGAAGGAGAAGAAAAAGAAGCACAAGAAACAUAAGCACAGAAGCUCAGGCAGCGAUCGUUGCAGCAGCGAGGAUGAGCACGGCCGGGAGAGAUCUCAAAAGAAGAUGGCAAAUUCUUCCCCUGUUUUGUCCAAAGUCCCUGGAUAUGGCUUACAGGUCAGGAACUCUGACCAUAGCCAGGGACUGCAGGGUCCUCUGACAGCUGAGCAAAAGCGAGUGCGUGGGUUGAAGAAUUACUCCAGGUCCAGAAGCUCCUCUCCCUCACCUCCGAGACACGCCAGCAAGAAGAGCACCAGAGAAGCAGGGUCUCGGGACAGGAGGUCUCGAUCCCCGGGCAGAAGGUCACGGUCCCCAAGGCCAAGCAAACCGCACAACUCUAAGGUAAAUAGGAGAGACAGAGGCCGAAGUAAGAGCCUAUCACCUAAAAAAGACAUCUACCAAAGGCGGCAUGCUCAUGGGUACACCAGAAAGCUCUCAUCAGAGGAGCUCGAGCGAAAACGGCAAGAGAUGAUGGAAAACGCCAAGUGGCGGGAGGAAGAGAGGCUGAACAUCCUCAAGAAGCACGCUAAGGACGACGAACGGGAGCAGAGGCUGGAGAAGCUAGACUCCCGGGAUGGGAAGUUUAUCCACCGCAUGAAGCUAGAGAGUGCAUCUACCUCCUCUCUGGAAGAUCGGGUGAAGCGGAAUAUUUACUCUCUACAGAGAACCUCAGUAGCUCUGGAGAAGAACUUUAUGAAGAGAUGAAAGCCAUCCCCUCUCUUGCUGGUUUUCCUGAAAUUUCCAGGGAGGCUGCUGAUCCCUUAAAAAUUCUCUUUAUAAGAGUUCAAAUGGCUUCUUCCACAGAUGUCAAACCACCACUGUUCAAAGUGACUCUCCUCCAUGGAUUCCCAAAACAGCCCACUUCUUUUGAGAACCAGUGUGACUUGCUCUAUGGGACCCUCAGUAACUUGCUGGGUGCAGAGCAGGUCUUAACAGUUUUUAAAUGGGUGGGCACUGGAACAUCUAGGUGUGAGCACUCAUCUUGCUCUGGAGGGAGGCUCCCUUAUGCCUCUUCCCUCCACCUGUGUGAACAAACCUAUUCUAUCACCUCAGAAUAGACUGGACCUUUCAGAAACCUCUCUCCCCAGAGUCACCCAGAUAGUUUGUGCUUACCAGGGUAAACAAACAUUUACUUGAUUUAGUAGAUAAUGUGACAGAUGAUGUCAGAUUAGGGCAGAGCCAAGGGAGUGACAAAGAAUCUGGAAGGGAAAACAAUGCAAAAAAACCCCCUAAAUGAGCUGUUGAACUAUUUGGACUAUCUUUCAAACUGUAAAGUAUAUUGUGUAUAUGUACAAAUGUAUAAUUUUUACAUGCUUUUAAAAAAAGUAGUUAGCUUUGUUAGAAUAUCUUGUUUGGUAAGUGACUUUACUAUGUAAUAGAACCACAUUGUAUCUUGUUAUCCAGUAACACAGUAAGGCAGGUCAGCUUUUCUUUCCUCUUGGAAUCUGGCUAGUUGUGGAGGGGCCUGGGUUUAUUGAUAGGAUCUAGGGUAUCUAUCCAUUUACACUGCUUACAGUCUCUGAUGUGGGCAGUGCAGUGUUGAAGUCAAAUGAUUUUAGUAGUCAGGACCAAACUACCAGUAUGCUCCCUGGCUCUUAAAAGAAAAUAUAAUGGAAGCUGUUUAUUUCAUGGCUUCCCUUUUAUCAUGUAGUAAUCUUAUUACAAUUCUAGAUUUUCAGGAGUCGUUUGCUAUUAUUUUUUAGUCAGGUAUUAAACAAAACAAAACAAAAAACCCAGACUCAUGGGAUCCAUCUCCUUGUCUUUACCCCUUUCCCUUCUCUUUCACCAGAAGCCCUCAUUUGACCCAGGAAGUCCUAGGGACUCUUGACCCACACAUUAGCUGGGCCAGUUCCUUGUUCUGCUAAUUCCUAACUCUGCUUAAAAUGAAUUUGGAUUUAUAUUUUUGAGCACUUAUGAUGCCAGACACUGUUAUGCUUAAAACCCAGUCUUUCCCCAGAGAGAAAGUAACGCACACUUGUUAUGCAUUUAAUCACCUUAUCCUGCUUCCCUAUACUAGGGUUAAUUAUGUCUUUUAUUUUAUUAAUUGGUAAUAAAGGCUACAUUUAUUUUUGUAA